UAUCAGUACAAAUUCAUAGCAACGGUCCAUUCGAUCGAUUAUUUCGCUUAGUGAUCAUUUGUUCCUAUUGUAUUAUAUCUUUGCCAGGAAAUGCUAUGUUGAAUCUAUAUGGUGUACAAUAAUGAUAUGAUAUUCUGAAAUCUCAGAAUAUCUUAAUUACUAAUUACUGAUCGCGCCUUCAUAAUUGUAAUGACCUGGAACAAACAUUAAUUAGCUUUUCACUUAUCCGUGCAAUUAUACUAUUUCAAGUAUUAAUUUCAGAGCAGGCGUAUUAAAUAGAUCGCUGAAAACGUGUUGUAUUGCGCCUCGUGCUUAAAAAACUAAAAUAAAAUUUCUUGUUCUAACUAAAGUUGCUUUUUGUUGAUGUAUUGUGCUGACAAGAAAUUGGAAAUAAUUUCAGAAAAAUUGGUUCCACAAAAAGCUCCGUCAUCGAAACUAAUAUUCAUCUUCGUCAAAGUGAUCCAGGAGUUCAACGUAAAAAGUUUCACCAAUAGCUCUGGCUAUUUAUGGAUGUGAUAAGACCAACUUUUAAAGCUUUAAAGCGUAAAGCAGUGAAAUUAGCACUAUUGAAGACAGUGUUCACAGUGAACAGUGUAGAGUUCUCGUUUGUGAGUUUCUAUCAGGCCGAUUGAGUGAAAUGAUGAUUGACUCGUAGUGCAUGAUUUAAGUACUGUGAACUUGCGCAAUAAUGACCCCAGUGAUCGAAGAGAUCAAUGUUAGGUCAAAGGCUGUGAUCGGCACUAAGUGUCGAGCUGUAGAUCAAAACAAAGAGUAUCAAAGCAAGACUACAUUAAUGAGUUCACAUAAGCUGGGAGCUAAAGAUUCAAUGUGCCUCGGUAUGGGCCAAAAAUAUGGAAGCGUUUCUGAAAAGAACAUCGCAGGCUGUUGUUCCAGAAGCCGCCUGUAUUCGAUACCGUCCAACGUUUACAAAAUCUCAAAUGAAAAUUUGCCUCGCGCAUCUCUCUCUCCUCCGCCUACCAAACUUAGUAUAUCUCCCAAAAUAACGCCUUGUUCCUCAUGUCAAAACUUGUGCGCGUACCCACCUGAAGAUUGGCAGUUCACCGACGAAUACCGCCAAACUUCUGCUAGGGGAGCUUUUAUUACGUCCCAUAAUCUUACUUAUUUUUCUAAACCUCUCCUUACUAAACCUGAUGUCUCAAGCCCGCUUAAUAGGGCGGAGAAACGGUCGUAUGGUGGUGCGCCAAGAGUUGCUGAGGUCCGUCGAAAAGCAGAUGAAAUUCCAAGAAACGAUCAGACAAGUAAUGUAACCAUGAUUCAAAGAAAUAACCAGAUGGACAAUGAUAUCAAGAUUCCCAGAAAUGAUCAGACGGAUAAUGAUACCAAGAGAUUGCGUCUUUUUGGAGACAAUUCCUUGUAUUCUUCAGUAUCAGAAUCAAAAUCCACACGCCUAAGGCCCCAUCUGGAACCGUGUGUAGGAACUAAAAGCAAUUCAUCGUCAAAAUCGUUAACUACAUUCAAUGCAUCACAUUUAGUUGAGUUUUUCGUUAGUUUCUUCUGUACUCUAAUUAAUUUGUUUGUCCACCGAGGAUCUCCUUCUAGUUCAACACUCUCUUCUUUCGUUCUGGUCUCUCUAGUCUGGUCAUCACUGCUGCCUCAAACCUCGAUGUCGGCCUUUGCUUACCCGCCCCACAAGUACUCCCCAGAUUCAUACGGUCUCUGGGAUCGAUCGCUCGUGCUUGAUGAUCUUGGCCAUUACAAAGUUCAGUGGACUGCAAGCUCGACAGACAUUCAGUUCCGUCUUACAGUCCGCACCAGGGGAUACAUCGGCUUCGGGCUAUCGUCCAAGUCGAGGAUGGAUGGCGCCGACAUCGUUGUUGGGUGGGUGCACUCUGGCAAAGCUUACCUACAGGACAGACACGGUCUAGGUAACCUGGAGCCUGCGGUUGACCGCUUCCAAGACUGGACCAUCGUGAGCGGCUACGAGAACGACACGCACACCGUCCUACACGUGUCACGCCCCCUCAACACCUGCGACCCUCACAACGACCAUGCCAUUACGAACGACACGUCGCGGGUGCUAUGGGCGUAUCACCCCGAUGACCCCGUUGACCCGGACAGUCCGCGUCCGCGUCUGCACUACCACGGAGAUUUCCGGCGCGGAACCCGGAGCGUCUUCCUGCUGGACCGAGAUCCGGGCGUAGAAUACGGACAUUCCGGCGACGCGUACGGCCAGAACUCUGCUUAUCCGUCCGAAUCCUCCAAGGACAAGAAGCCUGAAGAGUCUGAGAUACACACGUGGACGUUGAACAGCCCCGGCGUCGAGGUGAAGGCGGACAUGGCUACUGUUUACUGGUGCAAGCUCUUCAGGAAGCCGCUACUGGUGCAGAAAAACCACAUCAUAAAGUUCGAGCCGAUCUUCAGCGCGGGCAACGAGCGCCACGUUCACCACAUCCUCGUGUCUGAGUGCACCAGCGACGACCCGGCGGUGGUGGCGAGCCUCGAGCAGCUCGCCGACAGCAGCGGCGGCCAGUGCUACUCUCAGGACAUGAGUCCCUUGCUCAGGGCGUGCUCUCAUGUCGUCGUCGCCUGGGCUGUCGGCUCUAAGGGUCUGACUCUUCCCCCUGAGACGGGCUACCCGCUGUCCCCGAACGGCCCCACGAUCUUCCUCAUGCAGGUUCACUACGACAACCCCGACAGCCGGCACUUCCAGGACCACUCCGGCAUACGUGUUCACUACACACACAAACUAAGGAACUUCGAUGCCGGCGUUCUGAGCGUUGGGCUCGACCCUAACUGGAAACACCUGAUUCCGCCUGGACAGGCGAGCGUCUUGUCGUCUGGACACUGCGUGUCAGAGUGCACCUCCAAAGCCAUCCCGCCUGCGGGUAUCCAAGUGUUCGGGGCGGUGGUGCAGACGCACUUACUGGGUCGAGAGGUGCGUCUAAGGCACCUCAGACAAGGCGUUGAAUUAGACCCUAUCGCUCAAGACCUGAACUACGACUACAGCUACUUGGAGUACAGACUCAUGAAGCAGCCCAGGACUGUGCUUCCCGGCGAUCACUUGAUCAGUGAAUGCAAGUACAGCAGCGUAGAGCGCUCAGCCAUCACCCUGGGAGGUAUCAAUACAAGGGACGAAAUGUGCUUGUCGUAUCUGUACUACUGGCCGCGCUCGUCUCUGUCGCUCUGUCACUCCAAACCUUCCCUGAAUACCGUGCUCCAAAGCCUCGGCAUUGAAGAACUUUCCCAUGACUCGGACAUAAUCAAAAUACGGAAGCCUCAGGAGCUGGCAGGCAAGACGCUGGAAUGGCGGCUGGUCAACUACGACUGGGAAUUUCAGUUCGAGAAUUUCCAGCGCACCACGCACACCGGCACCUUCAACCCCAUGUGCCGCUCCCGUGGACACAGUCUUCUGCCUAUCCUGGAAGAAGUUGAUUACGAGUAUCCUAAUAUCAGCGAGCCCUGGUUCGCCGAAGACACCUGCCGGAGACCGCAGUGGCCUCAUGCUAAGGAGUCCAGUGUCCAUCACCGGCGGCAGCGCCCUCACCAUCGUCGUCAACACCCACACUUGGCCGAGGGGCUACAAGACGAGGCACAGGGCCCUCACACUGAAGACCACGCCUCCGGGGAUGGGGCCAGUCCAGUGUCUGCAUACGAUGGAUCUGAUGUGAUGUUCGAUGAUGACAUCAGCUCCAAACCCAUCAAGAGAAUUGAUGCUGAUCCAGUGAGAAAAUUCGACGUUUUCAUGCCCAUUAGAGAGGAUGUUUUUGAUGCGAAGAACCAAGGUUCGUCCGUGAACCCCAUGGAGCAGUUCCCAGGGGCUAACGGGGCUGUUAACAGCCACGGUGUCUACGGCAAUAGUGGAAGAACCGUUAACACCAGGAACAGAUCGCCGUUCCAGGAUUUGAGGGAAGAGUUUGAUGCCAUGGAGCGCGAUUUGGAGGAGGAAGUGAACCAUAAUCGCUUGCCUGAUAGUUUCCAGGAGCGCACCGCUCAUAAUCCUCGGGCAAACUCUGCUGGUGCGGCAUCCAUACCAGCGCCAGGCUGGAAGAUUAGUCUCUUUUUUAUUCCUAUCGUACAUUUCUUAUAUAAUAAAAACGUAUUUAAUCGCUUGAAAAGCUCUAUUUUAGGCUGCUAGUACAUGUAACUUGUGUUUUAUAGGAUCUUCACCCCAAGCUUCUAGACUCUUUCUCUGGAAAUAGUGAUAUUUGUAUAUUGGUACGGCAUACUGGUAGCCUCGCUUCUUACGCUUGUGAUGAAAGUCUGUAGGUCGCGUGUGUCUAUUUGUACAGAACUUUAGGCUGUUCCAUUAAGAAGAAAUGUUUAGCCUAAAAGAUAUAAAGUUAGAUACAGAAAUUCAAGUUUGAAGCUCUCUGUGCUUCUUCUCUUGAUUUAAGUGCAAUUAUUCAGUUUCGUGAAUGUCGUGUUUGUAGGAACGAAGGCAUUUGUGGCAUUAUCGUGUUUGCUGUAGCUAAACGUCGUGUAUGUGAAGAGCUAUUAAAUGGACCCAAAGAGUCGUGGACUUUUGCUGAUAUAGCAACGUCUUAUGUGAAAUUUGUACGAAAUGACUAUAGAAAUUUGAUUUUUGACUGAACUAACUAAAUGGUUUCUGUUUAUUGUCUUCGCACUGGAAUAAUUCCAUGCCUAUAUUGCCAAAAAUUCCAACUAUUACAUGCUCGUUUUUUACGUAAAUUUCCAUUUAAAUUCUUCAGUUGAUUAAAGAUAUUGUCACAAUGUCCGCGUAAUGAACGUCGCAAUUAUAUCAUUUUUCCGACCAAUCCUCCGAAAUUUAAUUUUUGACCUUUUAUAAAAAAUGUGCACUCACAUUAAAGAGAAUUUUCCUUUGUAAAGCCUGACCGAGUGUUCUUGCUGGUAACGUCCAGUUUCCAGUUAGUGCAAAACUGAACUGUAUUUAAAAAUUUGAUGAAUUUUUAGACGUUGGCGCUUUUCUCUGUAAUUGAUUCGGUUGCUUUCAAAUUGACCUCCGAUUUGAGAGUUGAUUUUCGGAAACUCGUCCUUGUGCCAGAAUCAAUGUUUCUGUUUACGUUUGCAGCGCUCUGAGGACGGAUAACUUUCUCAAAAUAGCGGUGAAUUUCUGGCGGCCUCAAAAAUAUCUAUUCUUGUUCUAUAAAAUCUACGAAUUUAUUUCCACAGCAGCAAUCAAAUAUCAGAAAUGAUAGCAUCUUCAUUAAUUUUUUUCGGCGACAUUCACGUUGACACUUUACUGAUUAAAUAUUAUUUGUUCCUUCCUGAAAGUCUCUGAACAUCGAAUUCCGCUGCUUCGUAGUGUUUAUUGCUGUUCUGUACUCUCGCUGUCAGUAUUUUUUGUCGCUUCAGUGAUUGAAUUUGAAGUUUGCUGAUUUGAUCGAAGCAAUUGACAUCUGUGGGAAAAACAAGCUUGUAUGAAAAAAUUGGCUCUCGUCAUACCUCGAUUUUCGAUCAAUUCUCUCCCGAUAUUUUCAACAUUUUUUUUUCUUUUUUUUUUUUGUAUUGCUUCAGCCAUUUAUAUUUAUUUAUUCGUGUUUGCGUCAUUUUUUAACUGAAGUUUUGGAUUUUUCAGGGAAUGCUUUGAUUGCUUCCUGAAAACGAAUCAAAAUGUUUAGAUGCCAAUAAUUUUCCUGAGACACAACCUACUGCUUGUGGUUGUUGUUCGUUUUUCCUGUUAAACAAAAUUCGAACCUAACACUAAUUUUUAUAGUCAGUAAAUUUCAUUCGCUAUUCCUAUGCAAUUCUAUGACACCUAUUUUACUAAUCUAGUAACUUGGGUUCUAUGAUGAAUAUUCGUUUUUUUGUAUCUCGACUGAUGUUUUGUAAUUUCUUAUACAAAAUCCGCAAAUGCAUAACUUUAAUAAUUCCAUAUUAAUGGAAGGUUCACACCUUCCCAAACGAUUGCGCAACAUCAAACAAGUUGUUGAAAGUAUUGACUACUUUAUUGCUGCAUUUUGCUAACUUCAUAGAUGUAUAUUUCAAUGUUAUCGGCCAUAUACUUUCAUGAUGUCUAUCAUAUAUAAUGAAUUUCAUCUAUGAAAUUGAAGUAAGGCAUAUAACUUAUUUAUUGAAGGCUGAUAAAUAUCAGUUAACUGUUCAUCAACUGUAUUGCAAGCUUUGCAUGAAAUUCGACAUCGUCCUCGAAGAAUUUAAUCAUUGAAAACGUAAAAUUAUUUGUAACUUUUUAAUUGAAAUAAAAAUGUAAUGUAUUACAAAAUAAUCUGAAGACCAUUGUAUUAUCAAUAUAACACUAAUCAGUCUAACUUCUGCAUAUAAUACUUCUUGUGUAUUCACCGUAAAUUUAAUGAUUAACAGCGUCUACAUGAUUCAAAGAAGUCUGACAAUUUCGAAUUUUUUUGGCUACAUAGAAUUUUCAUAAUAUUUGUCUUGAAAGACUACUCAAAUUCACGGUAAAUCUCGUUUUUAACGUACAAUCAUUACUUUUACGUGCGCUUUGCGGCACUGCCCUUGACUCGGAAAUACACCGCGAAAUUAUGACCUGUUAAAGAUUCAAACAAAAUCUCAUACACGUGUGUCAAGUAAGCAGAAAAUUAUGCAUUCGCUUGGUUAGACCAAUGCAAAAUUUUUGGACCUUAACGAAUUUCCAACUUUUCCUAAUCCCUUAGUAAUGAAAUACAGCAUGUGCCGAUGUUAUGACAGGCAGAUUCGCAUAUUUUAGUCAAUUUACUGCAUUAAGGAGUGUAUAUAUUGACACUUGUACAUUUUUACGUUGUUAUUGACAUAAUGCUUAUUGUUCUUGCUUCGAUCGCCGUCUCUACGUUGUGCUUGCUUAUUAUUUUUGCAAGCCUUUAGUCACUCGCUGUUUUUGAGUCCGCUUGUGUUAUAAAAUGUGGUGACACUCGGUCUGAAAGAGCCACAUAUUAUUCUGUGUGAUUGUAUUAUUGUUAGGAUCAUGCCUAUUAUUAUUAUUAUCACUGUACAGUUUGUGUAUAAAAAAGCUAUUAGUUCUAAUACAAUAUUUUUUUCAA